GAACGCUUCUGGACAUGAGCCCGUCGGCAAAGGCGUUCACGCGGGCAGUGUGCUAUCUAGGUUCAGAAGACUUCAUAUUGCCUUGCUGGUAUGGCUUGCGAUCAGUUGCGUACACUGGAUGGGGAUCGGGGGCGGUCCCGGAAUGCGUGGAGCCGACAAAGUCGAACAUGAGGCCGUCGGUCGCUUGCCAGUAAUGGGAUACAACACAUGGAAUGCCUACUAUUGCAAUAUUGAUGAAAACCUCAUCCUGAAGACGGCUAAGCUCAUGAAGUCCCUCGGACUAGCUGACGUUGGCUACAACUAUGUCAACAUUGAUGACUGCUACUCCGAGAAAAACCGAAGUGCCUCAGGUGACAUUGUUGCCCAUCAGGAGCGCUUCCCAUCGGGUAUGAGGAAUCUUACUGACCAGAUCCAUGAGAUGGGAUUCAAAGCCGGCAUUUAUAGCGACUCGGGCUGGUUCACUUGCCAGUUGUACCCCGGGUCAUUCCAGAAUGAAGCAAGAGAUGCGAAACUCUUCCAAGAAGAAUGGGGCUUUGACCUGCUGAAGUACGAUAAUUGCGCCAUCCCAUUCGACGAGGUCAUUAGGGAAGGCAUGGUCGGAAAGUUCAGUCGCAUGGCGGACGCUAUCGCAGAUCUCGCUAAGUCCUCCGGGAAGCCUCCAUUACUAUUCUCUCUGUGCCAGUGGGGUGAGGAGCAGCCUUGGCUGUGGGCAAAGCGGUUUGGCCAGAGUUGGCGGACAACCGGUGACAUCGAGGCCAAUUGGCGCUCUGUUAUGAACAUCUUGAAUCGAAACUCAUUCAUUACAUGGGCGACUGAUUUCUAUGGACACAAUGACAUGGAUAUUCUGGAAGUUGGCAACGGUGACCUUACGUAUGAAGAAGCGAAGUCGCACUUCACUGCAUGGGCCCUCAUGAAAUCACCUCUGCUCAUUAGCACAGACCUUCCUACCGUGUCGAAGGAGACAAUUGAAAUUUUGAUGAACGAGGAAAUCAUUGCGAUCAAUCAAGACCCAGUCGUCGGUACGAGCAUUAGCCCAUUCAGAUGGGGAAUCAACCCCGACUGGACAAGCAACUCGACGCAUCCAGCACAGUACUGGAGCGGGGAAAGCGAGAACGGGACGGUCUUCAUGCUGCUGAAUACUCUGGACGAGCCGAGAGACAUGUCCUUCAGCUUGACGGAGUCGCCGUGGACCAGGGCGGGUCGGCAAUAUUCGGUUCGCGAUCUAUGGACGCACACGGAGAAUGGGACCGCUGUCCGAAACUUCACUGCGCACGCCGUACCCGCACAUGGCGUUGUCGCGCUGCUGCUGAAGGAUGCAGGCGACGAGCCGUCGGGGAUCUACCCUCCAUGUGCGCGGACGGAGUGGUGCAUGAGCGAGAAUGGAACCCGAUACGAUCAGCAGAUGUGACAUAACUGCGACGAAAUUUGCGCUCUCCCUGCUCCCUGAUGCUCUGGACGACGAACUCGAUUUGUACAUUUCUAAUGUUCUUGGCAUGAAAUUACUUCUCGCCCGCCGGAAUAACGCUCAUUCGCGUUGCAUGAACUGUACUUGCUGGAAACUUGUCUGGCC